AUGCCGCCGCCACUGCCAGGGCACAAACAACGACGGUUCCCAGGACUCCGCGUGCGCCCUGCCCAGUCAUACGACUUCCCGCUCAUGGCCCGCAUGGCCAACGAGAUCUUCCAGCACGAGCGGGACAUCGACUACUUUGACAGACACCGCAGCGUGAAGAUGGGAUACGAGGACGAGGCCAUGGUGGCCGACAGGCUGCUCGCGGCCGAGACCGACUGGCGGCUUGCCGACAUGCGCAGGAACCGGCACAACCCGGGCCGCCAUUUCUUUGUUGCCACGUACUUCAAGCAGCCCGCGGCCUAUAUGACGAGCCUCCACGACGGGCAGCCGAGAGAGGAGAUUCUGGGCUGGGCCGAGUGGCAGGAUCCUGGCCGCAUGGCUGCCGCAGAGCCCGGUCUUAGCGACAGCCUCUCGGACUCGGACCAUAGCGAGCAGAAUGCUGGUGAAUGGCAGGGAAAGGUUGGUGGUGCACUCGGCCAACUCGCAUCAAUUCUCAAGGAGAUCAGGCUUGUGCAUGGGAACCAGGAGCUCCUCGUUCCGCCCAACGGGUUGGCGGUGAGUUUGCCCGACACGCUCGGGUCUUUUGACGAGGCCGCCGCCAAUCGGCCGGAUGACUGGAAGCGCUGGUCUGAGGAACUUCUUCCGAACUGCCUUGGGAAACACGGCGACGUACACGGACGACACCUGGCACAGCCCGCUGGGAUGACGGUAUCGACCGCCGCCUUUUGA